AUGGCUAUCGACCAAUGGGUAUGUCGUCCAUGUGGAAUACUGCUUGGAAUUUGCCACGUUAUAAUUGGCAACUUUAUGCUGAUUUUUGAUAUCAUUACUAAUGAAACAUCAGAAACCAUAUUUGGUACUAUUGCAGCUAUUCUGUUCAUUCUUUGUGCGCUAUUUGCUUUUAUAUCAAUCAGGAGAUUGGACAGAGCAGCACAAAUUCUACUCUUAAUAUUUGCUUCGUUUGCAUUUUUAGUCAGCCUUGCAAUGGUAUUGGAUAGCGCUGCAGUUGUCAAUUUGAAAUCUGAUUUACUGCUUUUUGACCAAAAAGAUGUUGAAGAAACAACUGAACCGGCAUAUGAAUCUUCUAACGAAGUUCAGACAUCACUUGAGGUCUCAACUGUCGACACAACUGAUGCCUCUACAGACGAUCUGCACAGAUGUAUUUACCAAACGCAUUCUGUCCUGCUAUGUGUUGGAUUAAUCGAAUGUAAGCGCCUUAUCAUGUUGCGAAAAUAUAAUUAA